AUGGCUUCGGUUACGUGCAUCGACAUGUCCAGAAUCACUUCCAACGAAGCCGGUCUCUUCGCGACCAACAACCAGUUCCAGAAAUCGGGUCCAAAGGGUUUCAUCGAAGUGAAGGUGCUCGAGAACAACGACAUCUACGUGCGCGUGGACUCGCCCGGUGUUCCAGACGACGCCAUCCGCUACAGAGUCGACGGCGUGAGGCAAAAGGUCGUCUUUUUCUCUGGAGAGACUCUCAACGACGGUGGAGUUCGUGAGUACUCGGGAACCACCGGUUUGGGCUGCGACUGCUGCGAGAUCACCGGAGUUGAUGCCAAGAUGAAAGACGGAGUCUUGAGGAUGGUUGUGUCAAGGGUCAAAGUGAAGGACCACGAGAACAAGUGUAGCCUCACUCUGCCUCCUCCUUCCAAAGGUAGAUCUGGACAAAACGUGGAGGAUCAUCCGUUUGUGGUGAGAGGUCGGAAAGGAGCAAUAGGAGAGGCGAAGAAAGUGUGUGAGCACGACGAGAGUGGCCGUCUUUACGUGGGAAGAGUUGGCGGGACUCGUGAGAUUACGCCUUCGCUUUUGAGGCACUCCGUUUCUGGUGGUAUCAAGUUUGGCGUUCUCAAGGUUCUCCUGAAACCUCCUCGUCGCAACAACAACAAUCAGUAA